GCCCAGACAUCCCAGGGUUCCUUCUGCAGCCCUUCAGAAAGCCGAAGAGGAUCAGAACGGCAUUCUCACCUUCACAACUCCUCAAGCUGGAGCACGCGUUUGAGAAGAACCACUACGUGGUGGGCGCUGAGAGGAAGCAGCUAGCCCAGGCCUUGAGCCUGACGGAGACGCAG